AUGCGAGCCUUAAGAUCUCGAGUCUUGCGUUGGGCCCCGCCGCGCCCAUCACGGCACUCAACAAGAGUGGCUGAUCAGGAUAAGUCGCCCUUCCCACGCCAUGUCCUGAUCUCCGAAACGCCGGUCCUGCGGAGGACUCCCGGACACAUUAGAAGCUUCUCCUCGACACCCCCCUCGCUUUUCAUGCUAGAUGCAGAUUCUACAAUUUAUGCUUUAUCAACAGCACCAGGUAGAGCAGCCAUUGCCGUCGUACGGGUAUCUGGUCCGGCAUGUGUUUCGAUCUACAAAGCACUAUGUCCGAAAUAUCCCCUCCCAAAGCCUCGAUUUGCCGCCCUGCGCACCCUCUACGACCCAGCAAAACCGGCCUCCCCAAAUAGCGUCCUAGACGCCGGCGCUCUCGUCCUCUACUUCCCUGGCCCGAAAACAGUCACAGGCGAAGAUGUCCUAGAACUCCAUAUCCACGGCGGCCCGGCAAUCGUCAAAGCCGUACUUGCAGGCAUUGCAAGCAUAAACCACCCAGACACGGUAGUCCGAUACGCCGAACCGGGCGAAUUCACGCGCCGCGCUUUUAUGAAUGAUCGGCUCGGUCUCCCGCAGAUCGAAGCUCUAGGAGAUACACUAUCCGCUGAUACCGAGCAGCAGCGUCGAUUGGCGGUGCGUGGUGCAAGUGAUGCUUUGCUGAAACGCUACGAGCUCUGGAGGCAGCAGCUACUGUAUGCGCGCGGCGAGCUGGAGGCGUUGAUUGAUUUCUCGGAGGAUCAGCAUUUUGACGAGUCAACCGAGGAGCUAGUCUCUUCCGUUGCGGGCCAGGUGCGCGAUCUGCAGGUGCAGAUUGGAUUUCAUAUUCAGAAUGCUUCCAGGGGUGAAUUGUUGAGGAAUGGUAUCAAGGUUGCGCUUUUGGGGGCGCCUAAUGCCGGGAAGAGUUCUCUACUUAAUCGCAUUGUUGGGAAGGAGGCUGCUAUUGUAAGUACCGAGGAAGGUACGACGAGGGAUAUUGUUGAUGUUGGGAUUGAUUUGGGUGGGUGGUUUUGUAAGCUUGGUGAUAUGGCUGGAAUCCGUGCGGAAGCUGGAAUGAAGCCUGGGUCGAUUGUGGGAGCUGUCGAGAAGGAGGGCAUUCGAAGGGCGAGAGCUAGGGCUUUGGAGUCGGAUGUCGUCGUUGUGGUUGUUUCGUUAGAAGAGACGACACAGGGUGUUCGGCUUUUCGUGGAACCUGAGGUUCUAGAUGCGGUCAAUGAAUGUGUCAAGGCAGACAAAUGUCUGGUGAUUGCUAUCAACAAAUGCGACAAGCUUUCCUCGGAGAGACACGAACUUCCGGCUCUGACGGAUUCUAUCCGCGAUGUCUUCCCUGCUGUCCCAAGAGAACGAGUCUUCGCCAUCUCCUGCAAUGGAGCGCAACGCGGAUCCUUGUCCUCUGAGACCGACCCAGGCCAUCUACAAGCAUUCCUACGCGGGCUAAUCUCAACAUUCGAGCAUAUCGCAUCGCCACUAGGUAUGGACGGAGAAGGCCAAUAUGAUACCUCGUAUUGGGAAGAUUCAUUGGGUGUGACACAUCGGCAAAGCUCGAAUUUACAAAAAUGCCUCGAUCACCUCGACGACUUCCUUUCCCAGUCUACCCCCUCCGAGAGCGAGUUCGCCUCCAUCGACGGUGAGAUUGACAUCGUCACGGCCGCUGAGCACCUGCGCUUUGCAGCAGAUAUGCUGGCCAAGAUCACCGGCAAGGGUGAGAGUGGAGAUGUCGAAGAUGUGUUGGGUGUUGUCUUCGAGAAGUGA